CUACCUUAUUUAGGCGAGGUUGAACUGUCUCCAUCCUGUCUCUCUGUGUUUUCUUUCAAUCUCAGCUUCUCAGGUUACCAAACACUAGUAAAGGAGGAGCUUUGGAAAGUCAACCCCUCCACUCCAGCCCUUGUUUCCUCACUUAUUCCACAUCUCAAUCUCCCCAUGGAGCGCUAAUGUGCAGCGGGAGCAUCCUGCUGUGCAUACACAUGUACACGGCUAAACUGAGGUGGGGGGGAUGGGGAGGAAACAGGAUGAGAGGAAAGGAGGGGUACUGUAUGUGUGUUACAGAGAGAGAGACUGAUGCUGAGACGGUAAUGGCGAGAAUAGGAGGCAGCGUCACCCACCCAGACAGGAGGGAGGGGAAGGACAGACAGAGUGGAAGUGGAGGGGGAGAAGAGGAGCACAAUGAAGUAGUGCCAUUGUCCGCCUUGGCAGCGCUGCCAUUCCACCAUCUGCCCGAAGUGAGUGAGUGAAUGAGGGAAAGGAGGGGAGAGAAGAAGAAGAGGAGAGGACAUUCAAAUGCAGUGGAGGGCAGGAGGAAAGAUGGAGACGCACAGCCGACGGUGACUUUGUGAAUUAAUCGAGCAAAGGAGAGGUUCAGAGGGUUUUUUUCAGCGAGUGGAUGGACGGAAGGGAAGGAGAGGACAGAUAAGCGGCUAACACUUCUGUCAUGUGAAUAUUUGACCACAGUUUAAGAGAAAUGACUUGUCAGCUGUUUGUUUUUUUAAACCAAAUAAGAAAGUGUACAAAAAAGGACUAAUUCCACUCACUAAGUAGGACUUUUUUAUAUUGACUUUAUGGUAUCCUAAUGUUGCUAUCUUAAACUUUGAAUAUUCAGGUUGUUUUUAUGCAAGUUUUCUAAGCAUCAGUAUUGUUCUCUAUGUUUGCUGUUGGUUUGUUUUACUCUUACAUGCCAGACAUGCCCUAGUUGGAGCCAGUCGCAUGCCGCCAACAUGGCACGUCAACAUUGAUUGGCUUUGAUGGCUGGCACGACGCCGCUCCAACUUUGAUCAUUUCCUGAGAGCUAUUGAUCUUUUAGGGGGAUUUUGGUCCUCUUAUUGCGUGAAAGAAAUAAUAACGUGGCGUCUUCAACGUUACGAUUAGCUGUUGUCGUGUGAUUCAACAAAGCUCUUUGUCUGCCAACACUUUUUCUGCUGUUGUUAGGACUUGGCAAACGUCCUCAACAGGCAUCUCUUUUAAUCUUCUGUUGCCAUGGCAAUGGUCUGCAGCUAAACACGGAGUAACAUGUAAAGUUUUUGUUUAUUACUUGUUUAAAAAUGGUGCUUCUCAAUUCUGUAUUUGCAUUUAUUCAUUUGAGAAGAUGCAUUCUAUUUGAAUUUGUGAUUGUGUACCGUUUUUAGAAGAUUCUGUCAAAAUAUAGACUGCCUGUUUUCACGCUUUAGACGGUCCUUGCCUGUGCUGAGCUCCACAGUCUGAGAAAAUCAGGGUAGUUUCAGGUCACCUGUCUCCCCCUCCCCAUUCCGUGUGUUCACCCUAUGCCGAGUCUCCGCCACUUCCAUUGUCCUGAUCUCACCUUAAUCAACUGCAGCGAACCUAAAUCACCCUCAGUCAAACUGAGGUGCCGAUUGGAGGAACUGUUGGAUAAAUUACAUUAACAAACUAAUUCUACUUGAACAUUUUACUGUGCAUGGCUGCCCAGCCUUGACACGGCUAUCCAUCCAUCCAUCCAUCCAUCCAUCCAUCCAUCCUUCCUAACAUAUCCUCACUUGGGUCGUGGGCGUGCUAGAGCCUAUCCCUGCUAUCUUCGGGCGAGAGGCGGGGUACACCCUGAACAUCUAAACAAAGAACCAUUCGCACUCACAUUCACUACAAACAUUAUAAUAAUCAUUAAUUGACAUGGCUAAUUAAUGAUUAUUAUAAUGUUUGUAGCAGUUUCUCCUACUGUCCACGGGCAGAUGACUAAGGAUUUCCCCUCAUGUAUAGUGAGAGGGUUAUCUCCAAUGAAGUCACCUCACCUAACCUAACUGGUCUCCCGUACAUGCUCAAGUAUCCUUUUGGCUGUGCAAGGAUCAACUGUUCUCUUUCAGCAAUUUAAUACUGUAUAGCCAGAUACUGUUGUGCGAGUUAAAUAAUUGCUUAUCGUUAUAUUUGUGGUAGUUUCUUCUACUUUCCAUGUGUAGAUGACUCAGGAUUUCUGCACAUGUAUAGCGAGUCAUCUCUUUUGAAGUCACCUGACCUACCCUGUUUCCUGUGUGCACUCGAGCAUCCUUUGGGCAGCACAAGGAUUAACACCACUCUUUAAACAGUUUGGUUGUGCUAGUUUAAAGAAGUGAAUACAAGUUGAAUCUUUUGUAAUCUUUUCUUAAGAACAAUCCAUUUGUAUUUGGGGCUCAUCAGACUGUUUGGUGUGCCCUUGAUGGUUAGCCCUUGAUGGCCCAAAUGCAGGGUAACUUUUCCAGCCAUACUUCUUUAACAACUUCUGUCUCACACUGGUCGACUGUGAGCCAAUCCUCCACGGUGCUUCUAAUCCACGACCAGAUGGAUGACUAGCAAACUUUGCUAGACAAGCCCCUCUGUGGUGCUAGACUGGUUGUGGUUUUGUGCCCACUGUAAGCUGGUGUGUGGGACUUCAGCUGUGGUUUGAAGUGUUUUUUUUUGUCUUUACUUCACAUAAAUACUGGUGCCAAACCUUGAAGGUGUAUGUGUUAUCCAAGUAAGAUGUGUGCUGAUCUCCCUAGAGGGAGCAAAGGUCAAGAGAUUGUGACUACAACUAGUGCCUGAGCCACGCUGAGGCAGAGGUGUUGCCUGUUUGACUGUUUUCUUUGUGGAACUUUGGCUUGCGGGAAACUGUUAAUGUUAACAGACUGUUGUCUGCCUUUAAGGUUGGAGUAUGCAGAACAUGAGGUGGUACACUUCAUUUGUACUGUAGUCUACAGCUUGAAAAGCUUUAUCUUAAGAUGAAUAAGGCGUACAUUACUGCUCUUCUCUCAGGGAACUGACUAUCAUCUGGGUGUCUUGCUUGACUUUAAGGUGAGGGUGGCUAUGUAUAGAAGGGUUCAGCAGAGUGAGAGUUGAAUUGUGUAUUACAAAUCAGGUCUCAUUACUAUCACAACAAACCUGCUGGCCUUCAAUAGCCAAUGACCUGCAUCCUCUAGUUACAUCACCACCGUGCUACUGCAGUGUGUAUGUCAUAUACUUAACACAUUUCUAAUGGUGCUCUGAGGUGACCAAUUUCAAACCACGACGGCCUCACUUGUUUUAGCCAUAUCAGGAACUUCAGUCAGGAACGGGCCGAUGCUUGCCCAAUCUUAACACUUUUUAUUUUCUUAUUUGUAUCUCUUUCUGGUGUCUAAGUAGGUGAGCAUGUCUGGCCUGUAGCCAUCCCUUCUUUCUAGGCAAGGGGAGGCAAGAAAAGCUCGUAGUUAACACUUUCUAAACAAGAGGCACUGUAAAACAGGACAGCCUGGAGAACGGUUAAGCAGCCGCGGGAGGGGGCUUCAGUCAGGAACGGGCCGACGCUAGCCCAAUCUUAACACUUUUUAUUUUCUUAUUUCUCUCUCUUCCUCAUGUCUAAGUAGGUGAUCAUGUCUGGCCUCUAGCCAUCCCUUCUUUCUAGGCGAGGGAGGCAAGAGAACCUUGUGGUUAACACUUUCUAAACAAGAGGCACUGUAAAACAGGACAGCCUGGAGAACGGGCAAGCAGCCGCGGGAGGAGGUGAGGGGGAGAUCAUCUGGAAGAGGCGAGAGGAAGUGGUGGCGCGGGAGAGGGCGGAGGCGCUCGAGAGCCAGAGGCUGGCCGAGUACAUUGUGUGGAGAAAGAGAGAGGACUUCCAGGAGAGCAGAGGAGAGAAGGAAAGGAGAGACAGGAGUGCCGAGAAAAGGAAGGAGGCUGCGCCAGAAGUGAUCUGGAAGAAGAGGGAGGAAGGCAACACGGGGAGGGAGUUAGCUAGGGCCAGUCAGGGCGGACACCAAAUCGUUUGGAGGAAGAGAGAGAGGGAGUAGAAGAUUUUCGUGGGCUUUACUAACAAGGGUGCUUCUACCAGGAGUUGGACAGUAGCCAUAUAUUUGUAAGCUUUCUUUCUCUCCUUUAGCUGAUUGAGGUUGCAGGUGUGUGUUGUAUUGACCAAUUGAAGUUGUGUAUGUGUCGUCGCCUUGUUAGUGCGCACAGCCCCCUUGCGAUUCCCCUCGCUGGCUGCUAAUAGGGUUUUCAUGGGCCUGUGUCAAGCUGGACAGAGCUGCCAAGGGAGCUGUCUCACACACACACACAUGCGCACGCACACUCCUUCCUCGGAGCAGUAUUUCACACACACACACACACACACCCACGCACACACACACACACAUAUGCAACGGUGUUAAGAGACAAUCACUUGUGUUGAUUUUAUUUGGUGCUGCUGACAGCUGGACUGAAAGGCCAUUAAGUUGGGACAAAAUCUUCACAGCCAUUGUUUUAAAUGAUACCCUGUUCACUUGAGCAGGAUGAUUUUUUUGUUUUGUUUUUGUUUUUUCAUGAGCUGCUCACACAAUGAACUCUGAUUUGAUGUCAACAUGACACGCACUGAGACGCUCCAACGAAACUAUCUACAUCUAUACAUCACCAUCAUAUGGAAUGCUACACUUUUCCUAAAAGACAUUUUUAACACUGCUUUCAAUGUUGAUGAAGCCAUUUUUAAAGCAGUCCACUUUGGCCUGCCUGCUAAUGAGUGGAGGACUGACAACCGGACAGAUGGAUGCCGCUCUGACUCUGAGGGAGACCGGCUGUGCGUCCUUAGGAGAGAAUCUCUGAAUGCUGAAACAAAGAGACCUUGAUACAAAUCACUACAGUCUGUGUGGACUUGUGCGGACAUAAAAACUGAUACAGCAGAACCAUUAUGGAGCUUGUCCCUAAAACGAAGUACACCCACUUUCGGAGUGAAUCGCUCAGCUCCACUGAUGAGACAAACUCCAAUCAAUCAUCCUUCCCUCCUUCGAGUCCUGCCACCCCUCUCACUCCCUCUCCUGGUUUACCUUCCUCCCUGUCCUCCUCCUCUCUUACUCCCAUCUUGCCCUCCUCUUCUCCCCGGCUGCCCGAGAACAGCCCCACCACCCUCUGCUCCUUCUUCCCAAGGAUGGGCUCCUUGCGCCUUGGUGUCUCCGCCACUCUUCUCCCAGGACUCAAGGCCUCUAGCAGGCCGCUGCAGAUUCGGGCACCUGCGGAGUCUCCCGGGGACGACAGGAGCAGCUCCAGCUCCUCCCCUCCCCCUCAUCACCCACUCCCCCCUUUAACCGCUCCUUCUCCCCCUCCCCGACCCCCCCUACAGGACAUGAACCGGCUGGGAGGGGCGUCCAGGAGGGCACGGGUUGAAGGUGCUCAACUCGGAGGAGAUGAGUGGACACGGCAUGGAUCCUUCGUCAACAAGCCCACCCGUGGGUGGCUGCACUCCGACAAUGUGGUCAGCACCACCGGUGUCGCCUACUCUGUACGGUACAUGGGUUGUGUGGAGGUGCUACAAUCCAUGCGAGCACUAGACUUCAACACCAGAACUCAGGUCACCAGGGAGGCCAUAUCAGUGGUGUGCGAGGCCGUGCCUGGAGCCAAAGGAGCCCAGCGAAGGAGAAAGCCGUCCUCACGCUGCCUCACGUCUAUUCUGGGCAAGAGCAACCUGCAGUUUGCUGGCAUGACAAUCAGCCUCACCAUCUCCACCAGCAGCCUCAACCUGCUGGCAUCUGACUGCAAACAGAUAAUCGCCAAUCAUCACAUGCAGUCCAUCUCCUUUGCCUCUGGAGGAGACCCAGACACGGCUGAGUAUGUAGCGUAUGUGGCCAAAGACCCAGUCAACCAGAGAGCGUGUCAUAUUCUCGAAUGCUCUGAGGGUUUAGCCCAGGAAGUCAUCAGCACCAUCGGCCAGGCCUUUGAAUUGCGCUUCAAACAGUACUUAAAGAACCCGCCCAAACUUGUCACGCCUCAUGACAGAAUGGCUCCCUUUGAUGGCUCUGCAUGGGAAGAAGAGGACGAUGAGGCGGCCCUCCUGUCUGAAGUCCCUUACUAUAAUAACUUCCCCGGUAAACAGCCUCCCCCUGGUGGUCUAGUUGACAUGAGACCACGUCCGGGAGCCACUCUGCCUUAUGGACAGCCAGGUCAGAAUGACAUUCACAAGCAGCCUCUGCCGCCUCUGCCAGUAGGUGCCAAGGAAGGAGGGCGAGAGCUGUUUGAUGAUCCCUCUUACGUCAAUGUGGAUAAGCCCCGCCCGCCAGUCGCCGCCAAUGGAAACGCUCACAGAGAUGCUUUUGACAUGAAGCCAUUUGAUGAUGCCCUUGGGGGCUCCAUUACUGCAGCGCCCCCUCUGGUGGAGCAGCUACAGUGCGAGACCUGGUUCCAUGGCAGCUUAAGUCGCAGGGAGGCGGAGAGACUGUUGAGCCGCGAUGGAGACUUUAUGGUGCGAGAGUCAGGAACCACGCCGGGGCAGUACGUGCUCACGGGACAACAGGGCGGUCAGCCCAAACACCUGCUACUCGUCGACCCGGAGGGAGUGGUUCGUACAAAAGACCAUCGGUUCGAGAGCGUGAGUCACCUGAUCAGCUACCACAUGGACAACAGACUCCCCAUCGUGUCGGCGGGAAGUGAAGUGUGUCUGCAACAGCCGGUGGAACGCAGAGCCUAAAAAAAAAUUUAAAAAUAAAAAAACUUGGCUCCACCAAAUACAACCACAGGAAUACACACAACAAAGCCAAAAGAAAAAAGGAAAAAAACAUGUGCAAAGUGUCUGACAUGCUGCUGUUGCAAACCAAACUGUGAAUUGCAGUCCCAACUAUCAGGCAAGCGACCCUGAAGCACUGCUGCGUUGUCUCCACAGCCUACUGUGAAGCAGGGAGGAAAGUCCAGGGAAAAUAAUGCAAUUUCAAAAGAAAAGAAGCAUUGAAAAAAAAAGUCUUAAUCUUUAAUAACUCCACAAAAAGCAAUGUGGAAAAUAGCAUGAACAGAACAUGAGCUUGCAUGCUUUCAUUGUGAUUUCCCUCCUUGGACGUGUUGCUGGGCAGAAAAGUUGUUUUUGUGCUGUUAUUUUUUAAAAAUAAACUAUUACCUUCAAGAGCAGUCUUGGAGACCCCGACCGCUCCCCCCUUUAAGGACUGAACUUGUGGUGAGGGAGAUGAAAAGCAUGUAUGCAAAACUGGGACGGCUAUGUUGCUGUUUUUUUCUUGUUGUUUUGUUUUUUUAAAUAUAAAUGUGCUUUAUUUUAUCUCAUGACAUACUGGACUUCAUAGGAGCGAGUACACGCACCCAUCAUGCCAAAGAACAGCAGAAGAUGUGCACCGGGAGUCUAAUUAGCAACAAUGCAAUGCAUAUACUGUAGAAACAAAAGACCUGCUUUAUACAGUGUAGUGCUCUGGAAUGCAUCACCAGUUGAGAAUUGUGCAAUGAUGUCACCUACCAGCACAAUAUUUAGUGGAGAUGCUUUUCAGUGACUACUUACUAUUAUACAGUGAAACCUCCAACAGUACGGAUGACAUAAAUUGAAAAUAAUGGAAAUAAUCAGUUCCAUCAUACGAGUCAAACCACUGAGCACCGUAAUUAAAAGGAAACAGGACGGAGAAUACGGUCACCUUGUGGCUGUUUACAGUGUUUUUACAUUAGCAUCCGCUUAGUCAAUUGGUUCUGGGCAGCACAGCGCCCUAGUGGUUAGCUUGUCUGCCUUUCAGUUUAUAGGUUUUGGGUUCAAAUCUCUCCUCCUCAUGUGGAGUUUGCAUGUUCUCCCACUCACAUCCCAAAAAACCCAGAGUUAGGUUCAUUGAAGACUCAAAAUCAUCCAUGUCUAUAUUUUUCUAUAUGUGCUCUGCAAUUGAGUGGCAACCAGUCUUUAAGGUGUACACCACUUCUGCCCUAAAGUCAGCUGGGAUAGGUCCAGCUCAACUGCAACCCAAAUGUAGACAAGUUCUAUAGAAAAUAUAGAGAUGGAUGUAUUUCAUUUUACUGAGUAGCUAUAUCCUGUUUUCACAUUUUUCCUCUUUGGUCCCUUCUAUGACGGCAAAGCAACUUGUGAAGUUAAUGUCUUACAUCAGUUUCCCAACCUUUACUGAGGCAAGGCACAUAUUUUACAUUAGAAAAAAAAAUUCCCAACCACCAAACAACAAUGUCACAAAAAGGAUGACUACCUGUACUGAAAUAUUGAUGAUUUAAUCUGAGUUUACUCACAAAUUUGCUUAUUGUGAAAUCUGGGCCUGUUAUUAUUCUGUUGCAUGAAUAGCAACACAUUGAUACACAGGUUAAUUGUAGCUCUGAUGGAAUAGCAUUUAAUUGUUCUGCCUGUCACUCCACAUCACAGGAAUAGAUAGGUGAAUAAAGAUAAAUUCAUAGUUUUGGGACCAAUUAAGUGAAAUUGUAAAAUUCUCUGUGGCACACCUGGUGAUCUCAGGUACAGUGGUUUGGAAUCACUGGUUUUGACGCUGCUUUUGGGGCCUAGUUUUCCUGAAAAUGCCACUUGAACUCUACUUUUGGGACAUUGGAGGUUCCACUGUAUGUCAGCAUUGACAAUCUAUGUGCUCUCGUGUAAAUACGUAGAGAAGAAUGGAAAGGAAAUAUAUCUGAACUGCAUUAAUGAUAGAUUUUUGCUGUGCGUGUCAUAUGGAGUGGAUGUGUACUUUUGUGUGUUUGUUUCUUUUAAACGGAAGGAACCAGAAAGCCAAAUGUCACUCCUCGCUCGAUGUGCGGUUAUUGUCACCAGUUCAUUUUCUAGUUGUUUUGCAAUCUCUUUGUGCCUUGUUUCUUCAAUGCAGUUACGUGAGUGCAGUCACCUUAUGUACUUCACAAAUGCUCUCAGUUAUUAAAACGGACUGCAAAAAAGACACGUCAGUAAACCGGUUGAUUCAGUGAUGGCAAUCGCCUCUGAUGCACGCCUUGAGUUUGUACAGUCACAGAUACUUGAUGUCACCUGUGUUUUGCGGGGGAGGGGGGAUUUCCGGAGCAUCUGUAAAUAACAUUGACUAUAGUGUGAACUUGAUGAAUAGCUUGUAGGGAGCUUUGGUUCUUAGAUGGAGGGGUAGAACAUGUUGACAUAUGAGGGAUCUUUUGGUCACAUGGUAGCUCAAAUUGUACCUGCCUGGACAUGCACACACACACACACUCUCUGCUUUCGGUCCAGGCUGCCAUAGUAGACCCGCACCAUUCGUCAAGUGGUCUCGUGUUCAUUGCAGCUGCCUUCGUCGCAUGAUUAAAAAAUAGAUUGAUGCAUUUAAAAAGUUUUUUUUUUCUGUGCGUAUAAUGGUGGUGGUGUCUUGUGACUUGAUGAUUUGUCUUAGAAAAAAAGCCAAAGGUUCCUUUUAAAAAAAAAAAAAAAAAAAAAAAAAAAAACUUGUGCACAGGUGAUUUGAUUUUUGUGUUUCUGUUUUAAUACUAGUUUUAAGGGAAAAUGUGUUUACACCUGUAACUGAAAGUCUAGAUUGCAUAUAUAAAUAAAUGCAUAUACAUUAA